CGUCGUGUCUUUCCUUCUCUCCCUCCUCCCUAUUGUAUCUCUCGACAACACACACCUUGUCGCGUCAAGAUCGUUUAUUGUUCGACUCGAAGAACUCUUUACAACAACAAGACCCCACCCACCUUCCUUACAACCCCCCUUUCCCAUCUCAUCGACGUUUCUUCUUCUCUUUUCCUCUCCAUCCACUCCGCUUGACGCUUCAUCAUCAUGACGGCGUCCAACAUCCCCUUCAACGUCUCGGAGCACUACAAGGUCCACGAGGUGAUCGGCGAGGGCGCCUACGGCGUCGUGGUCUCUGCCGUGCACAUCGCCUCGGGCACCAAGGUCGCCAUCAAGCGCAUCACGCCGUUCGACCAUGCCAUGUUCUGCCAGCGUACCCUGCGCGAGAUUAAGCUUCUGAGGCACUUCCGUCACGAGAACAUCAUUGCCAUCCUCGACAUCAUCGCCCCGCCCUCCUACGACCAGUUCCACGAGGUCUACCUCGUCCAGGAGCUCAUGGAGACCGACCUCCACCGUGUCAUUCGCACCCAGGAGCUCUCCGACGACCACUGCCAGUACUUUUUGUACCAGACGAUCCGCGGCCUCAAGGCUCUGCACUCGGCCAACGUGCUCCACCGUGACCUCAAGCCCUCCAACUUGUUGCUCAAUGCCAACUGUGACCUCAAGAUCUGUGACUUUGGUCUCGCGCGUUCGGCCGCUCUCCCUCCGCCUGACGCCGGACCCAACGGCGGCAACGGCUUCAUGACAGAAUACGUUGCGACGCGUUGGUACCGUGCUCCCGAGGUCAUGCUCUCGUUCCAGGAGUACUCGAAGGCCAUUGACGUGUGGAGCGUGGGCUGCAUCCUCGCCGAGAUGAUCAACGGCAAGCCGCUGUUCCCUGGAAGAGAUUACCACCACCAGCUGUCGCUCAUCCUCGAGUGCUUGGGAACUCCGACCAUGGACGACUUCAACGAGAUCACGUCGAAGAGGUCACAGGACUACCUGCGCGCGCUGCCAUUCCACCGCCGCCGCGACCUGCGUGAGAUGUGCCCCAAGGCCAAGCCCAACGCCCUCGACCUCAUGAGGAGGUGUUUGACGUUCUCGCCCCGCAAGCGCAUCACGGUGGAGGAGGCUCUUGAGCACCCUUACCUGGAGCCGUACCACGACCCGUCAGACGAGCCCGGAGCCGAGCCGCUGCACCCCGACUUCUUCGACUUUGAGAACCGCUCAAGCGCACCGAGCCGAGAGACGCUGAAGCGCCUCAUCUACUCCGAGAUCCAGCGCCCUCUUGGCGACUCGUAAACUGGACCCCGCUCCCCGCUUCCCCUUCCGCUUCCCAGAUCGACGAAACGGCUGCUGCACGCCGGCCAAGAACCACGGCAAGGUCUUGUUCCCUCUAUAACGGUUCGCAGGCGGGCCGCAGCGCUAGAGAGCGUUGAUGGACCGUUGUAUGCAUUACAUGACAGUG